AUGGAGACAAAACCUGGCGAUGGAGACAAGAAACCAACACGAAGACAAAACCUGGCGAUGGAGACAAGAAACCAACACGGAGACAAAACCUGGCGACGGAGACAAGAAACCAACACGGAGACAAAACAUUGUGAUGGAGACAAGAAACCAACACGGAGACAAAACAUUUCCAGUACCACUCAGCACAGUCCAGCACUACUCAGUACAGCCCAGUACUACCCGACAAAGCCCAGAACUACUCAGCAUAGUCCAAUACUACUCAUAACAGUCCAGUACCACUCAGCACAGUCUAGUACUGCUCAGUACAGCCCAGUACUACCUGGUACAGUCCAGUACUACUCGGCACAGUCCAGUACUACUCAGUACAGCCCAGUACUAGUCAGUACAGCCCAGUACUACUCCGCACAGCCCAGUACUAUCCGGCACAGUCCAGUAUUACUCCGCACAGCCCAGUACUACUCAGUACAGUCCAGUACCAUCCGGCACAGUCCAGUAUUACUCCGCACAGCCCUGUACUACUCAGUACAGCCCAGUACUACUCAGCACAGUCCAGUACUACUCAACACAGUCCAGUACUACUCAGUACAGUCCAGUUCUACUCAGCAGUCCAGUACUAUUCAGCACAGUCCAGUAGUACUCAGUACAGUCCAGUACCACUCAGUACAGUCCAGUACUACUCAGUACAGCCCAGUACUACUCAGUACAGGCCAGUGCUACUCAGCAGUCAAGUACUACUCAGCACAGUCCAGUAGUACUCAGAACAGUCCAGUACUACUCAGCACAGUCCAGUACUACUCAGCACAGCCCAUUACUACUCAGCACAGUCUAGUACUACUCAGCACAGUCCACCCAGUACUACUCAGCACAGCCCAGUACUAUCCGGCACAGUCCAGUAUUACUCCGCACAGCCCAGUACUACUCAGUACAGUCCAGUACUAUCCGGCACAGUCCAGUAUUACUCCGCACAGCCCAGUACUACUCAGUACAGCCCAGUACUAUCCGGCACAGUCCAGUACUACUCAGCACAGUCCAGUACUACUCAGUACAGCCCAGUACUAUCCGGCACAGUCCAUCCAGUACCACUCAGCACAGUCUAGUACUGCUCAGUACAGCCCAGUACUACCUGGUACAGUCCAGUACUACUCGGCACAGUCCAGUACUACUCAGUACAGCCCAGUACUACUCAGCACAGCCCAGUACUAUCCGGCACAGUCCAGUAUUACUCCGCACAGCCCAGUACUACUCAGUACAGUCCAGUACUAUCCGGCACAGUCCAGUAUUACUCCGCACAGCCCAGUACAACUCAGUACAGCCCAGUACUACUCCGCACAGCCCAGUACUACUCCGCACAGUGUAGUACUACUCAACACAGCCCAGUUCUACUCAGCACAGUCCAUCCAGUACCACUCAGCACAGUCUAGUACUGCUCAGUACAGCCCAGUACUACCUGGUACAGUCCAGUACUACUCGGCACAGUCCAGUACUACUCCGUACAGCCCAGUACUACUCAGUACAGCCCAGUACUACUCAGCACAGCCCAGUACUAUCCGGCACAGUCCAGUAUUACUCCGCAAAGCCCAGUACUACUCAGUACAGUCCAGUACUAUCCGGCACAGUCCAGUAUUACUCCGCACAGCCCAGUACAACUCAGUACAGCCCAUCGAGUACUACUCAGCACAGUCCAGUAUUACUCAGCACAGUCCAGUACUACUCAGUUCAGUCCAGUUCUACUCAGCAGUCAAGUACUACUCAGCACAGUCCAGCACUACUCAGCAUAGUCCAGUUGUACUCAGAACAGUCCAGUACUACUCAGUACAGUACAGUAGUACUCACUACAGUCCAGUACAGCCCAGUACUACUCAGCAGUCAAGUACUACUCAGCACAGUCAAGUAGUACUCAGCACAGUUCAGUACCACUCAGCACAGUCCAGUACUACUCAGCACAGUCUUAUACUACUCAGUACAGUCAAGUACUACUCAGUACAGUCUUAUACUACUCAGUACAUUCAAGUACUACUCAGCACAGUCCAGUACUACUCAGCACAGUCAAGUACUACUCAGUACAGUCAAGUACUACUCAGUACAGUCCAGAACCACUCAGCACAGUCCAGUACUACUCAGCACAGUCUUAUACUACUCAGUACAGUCAAGUACUACUCAGUACAGUCCAGUACCACUCAGCACAGUCCAGUACUACUCAGUACAGUCCAGUACUACCCGGCACAGCCCAGUACUACUCAGUACAGCAGUCCAGUACUACUCAGCACCGCCCAUUACUACUCAGCACAGUCUAGUACUUUUCGGCACAGUCCAGUAGUACUCAGCACAGUCCAGUACUACUCCACCCAGUACUACUCAGUACAGCCCAGUACUAGUCAGCACAGUCCAGUACUACUCAGCAGUCAAGUACUACUCAGCACAGUCCAGUACUACUCAGUACAGUCCAGUACUACUCAGCAGUCAAGUACUACUCAGUACAGUCCAGUACUACUCAGCAGUCAAGUACUACUCAGCACAGUCCAGUACUACUCAGCAGUCAAGUACUACUCAGUACAGUCCAGUACCACUCAGCACAGUCCAGUACUACUCAGUACAGUCCAGUACUACCCGGCACAGCCCAGUACUACUCAGCACAGUUCAGUACUACCCGCCACAGCCCAGUACUACUCAGCACAGUCCAGUAGUACUCAGCACAGUCAAGUACUACUCAGUACAUUCCUGUACUACUCAGCACAGUCCAUCCAGUAUUACUCCGCACAGUCCAGUAGUACUCAGCACAGUCAAGUAGUACUCAGCACAGUCCAGUACUACUCAGCACAGUCCAGUACUACUCAGCAGUCAAGUACUACUCAGCACCGUCCAGUAGUACUCAGUAUAGCCCAGUACUACCCGGCACAGCCCAUUACUACUCAGCACAGUCAAGUACUACUUGGCAAAAUUGGUUAG